CAGAAGGCAGUAGAACAUUUAAAAGGUAUAUCCUGCUCUUCCACUUCAUUUAUAUCUGAAAGAAAUAGCUGUCCAGUUUGUUUCAUGGUACCAGUUCCUGGAUUAAAUUACAGAUUAGAAUAUUGUGGUCACCAGUAUUGUUCUGAUUGUAUAAAGAGCUUGAUAUUACAACGAAUUAUUCCAUUAAUGUGUUGCAAGGAAAAGUGUGGAAAAGAAUUAGUUAUAGAUGACAUUCAGAACAUAUUGGGUAACAAUGAAGAAGAAAUGAGAAAAUUACUGGAUUUUUCACUCAGAGAAUAUGUCAAACAGAAUAAUAAUAAAAUAAGAUUUUGUCCUGAGGCUGAUUGUAAAAUGAUUUACAACAUUCCAUCUAUCAAUCAAAAUACAGUGUGGACCUGUCCAUUAUGUUAUAUUACCAUAUGUUCCUUAUGUGGAUGUAAAGUGCAUCCAGGUAUGUCAUGUAAAAUGGCUGAAGAAAUGCAGAAGGACAGUGAUUAUUCAUUAAAGGUGUGGAUGAAACAAGAUCCUCAAAACAGAAAAACCUGUACUGCUUGUCGCUCUCCAAUCCAAAAAGACGGUGGCUGUAAUCAUAUUUUAUGUUCAAAGUGUGGCAGUCACAUGUGUUGGCUUUGUUUACAGAUUUUUUCAAAUGGAAAUUUAGUUUAUGAACAUUUACCAAUUUGUGGACGCAAUCAAAUACCAUUUGUUUAACUAUAAUAAAUAACUGAUACAAAAAAACUGUGACAAUAAUUAAGUCAUUUUACAAACACUAUAUGUCGUCAUGUUUUUGAAAUAUUUAUUUUUAUGAAGUAAAUGUUCAUGUGAAUAAAACAAAAUCUAUA